AGUAGUUUACGUCAGUUGCACGAAAGUUGCAGUUCGGUUCGAACUAAUUUGCGGUUCCUUAAAAUGUUUGUUUUCCAGAGUAUACGUUAUUAGCGGACUGAUAACGUAAAAGAUAAAGAUACCGUUUCGUACAGAUUCCGCUUUUUAACGUUUGCACCGGACGCCAGCAGAAUGCGCCGGAGAGGAGUGGGCGCGGGAGCUAUCGCCAAAAAGAAGCUCGCAGAGGCCAGGUAUAAGGAAAGAGGAAAUGUUCUUGCGGAGGACCAAAUUGUCCAAAUGUCGAAGCAGUUGGAGACCUUCAAGUCCAACCUGGAGGAGUUUGCCAGCAAACACAAACAAGAAAUCCGAAAGAACUCCCAGUUCAGGGUUCAGUUUCAGGAGAUGUGUGCCACCAUUGGCGUUGACCCACUUGCCUCUGGCAAAGGGUUUUGGUCCGAGAUGCUCGGCGUAGGUGAUUUCUACUAUGAGCUCGGCGUCCAGAUUAUUGAAGUGUGUCUGGCCCUGAAACACAGAAAUGGAGGGCUCAUUACUUUGGACGAACUCCAUCAGAGAGUACUAAAGGGAAGAGGUAAAUACGCGCAGGAUGUGAACCAAGAUGACUUGAUAAGAGCCAUAAAGAAAUUGAAGGUGAUGGGGAACGGCUUUGGGAUGAUCCCUGUGGGAGGUUCUUACUUGGUCCAGUCGGUCCCAGCUGAGCUCAACAUGGACCACACUGUAGUCCUGCAGCUGGCCGAGAAAAAGGGCUUUGUCACAGUGAGCGAGAUCAAGGCCAGUCUGAAGUGGGAGAAGGAACGGGCGUGUCACGUCCUGGACCACCUGCUGAAAGAGGGCCUGGCCUGGUUGGACUCUCAAGCAGCAGAAGAAGCGCAGUACUGGCUGCCCGCUCUCUUCUCCGAGUUAACCUCCCGUGACGUCACACCGGAGGAGGCCAAUCAGAUGACGCCUUGAGAGAAAGAAAACGGGGUGUCGGAGCCCGGUGGGCGGAUCUUCCCUCCGAGAUCACGUUCUGGAGAACUAUGCAACGAGGACUCUGGCGUUGCACAGGGAUAUCGACGCAGACAGACAUGGAAUAUUUUUUUCAUUCUUUCAUAUAUAUGAAGAAUAACUUCACAUUCUACCACUUGUUUUUUUAAUUUUUUAUUCCUUCAGCAGAACCGUUUCCAUACAUUCACUGAAAUCAACUCAGUCACAGUAGAUCAGUUUCCCUUGAAGAGUGCAGUUAUGCUGUAAAAUAAGAAUUGUGGUUAAAAUGUUUAAUGUGCCAUGUAUUAUCUAAAAUUCUAAUAUAACUUUUUCUUCUUCAAACAGAUAAUUCCUCGACUCUUUCAUAUUUAGUCUCUCGAGCUAAAGAGCUCACAUGUUUUACUCUCACGUCUUUCCUAUUAAGUCGUUGUGGUGAUCGAGGGGUUAAGUUCAAACAACUGAGUUGUUCCAAAUUGAUUUACGGACGUAUUUUGGGCUAAUUCGACUGGCAACAAUCAUUUAUAUGAGACUGAUUGGUGCAAUCUUUAAAUUCAGUGUAAAUAAUUAAAUUCAGACUUUUUGAAUUGUC